UGCACAGAAAAGAAAGAGACAAAGACACGGGAAGGGAGAGAACGAAAGGAUUCGGUCCCUUUUUCUCCUUUCUCUCUCUCUCUUUCUUGCUCUCAUCUUCUUCUUGUGAAAUUAAACUCAAAACUUAAAGUCUCAAAGAAGAAAGAUAAAAAAACAUCUUCAAAACUUUCAGUCUCAGGUUGUUCACAGAGUUAAUGCCGAGUCUUACUUCUUUGCGCCGUUACGCGUAAUGGUCAAUCUACAUUCCAAUUCCGAUAACCUCUACUGAGGCUUCCAAUGUUGAAGGGAGAGGCAGAGGCUAAGCAGAAGAAAGGUUGGUCAGAGUCGCUGCUAGAGUUUCGGUCAGGGUUUGGUGAAAAGAUGAAACUCGCGUCAAAGAAACGUUGGAAAUCUCUUGCACCUCUUAAUCUGAAAAGCAAGUCAGUUGCACGGUUUUGCUUCUUUUCGAAGUUGAAGUCAAGCAACCACGGCCCAGACAGAGCACCGGUCUACCUCAAUGUUUAUGACUUGACUCCUAUUAACGGAUAUAUCUAUUGGGCAGGCCUCGGUAUAUUUCACUCUGGUGUAGAAGUUCAUGGAGUAGAAUAUGCUUUUGGUGCACAUGAUUACGCAAGCAGUGGUGUUUUCGAGGUUGAACCAAGGCAAUGCCCGGGCUUCAAAUUCAAGAAGUCGAUAUUCAUUGGAACCACGAACUUAAACCCGGCGCAAGUGAGAGAGUUCAUGGAAGAGACGGCUUGCAAUUACUACGGGAAUAUGUAUCACCUGAUUGCUAAGAACUGCAACCAUUUCUGCCACGACGUUUGCUACAAACUAACCGGCAAAAAGAUCCCGAAAUGGGUGAACCGGCUUGCGCAAAUAGGUUCUGUGUGUAGCUGCAUACUCCCCGAGUCACUCAAGAUCACAGGGGUUAGUCAUGAUGAUCAAGACGGGCGAAGAAUCACAGAGGAAGAAAGCGAAACGAGAUGUCUUACAACAAGCUCGUUCAGCUGCUUGUCUUCCAUCUCCAUGAGACAAAAACAGCUUUCAACAUCGUCUUUACUGAUACAAUCACCUCUCAGAGGAUGCCUACCUCCAUGGCAACUCAAACGAUCAAAAUCUGACACCAGUUCCUUGAAAGGAAGGUAGACAAAAACACAUUCCGACAUUUCUCCUCUUCUCCGUCUUUGUAAGAGAGUUAGAUUUAACAAACCCAUUUGUCUUUCUUUCCGUUUGUAUUUUUCUUCUCAACAUUUGAAAACACAUUUCUACUUAACAGCGAAUCAAAACAUGAGAGACCUUAGGGCACCA